UGUGACCGGCCAAGAUGGCGGCGCCCCUGCUUCGUUUGUGUGCUGCGGCGUGAGACGGGAGGAGGAGGAGGGUCAGGUGGCGUAAAGAUGGCUGCCCCAAGGAACAGCACUGUGGUUGAGGGGGAAGCGUCGGAGACUGAUUCAGAGGACGAGGAUUAUCUGUCCUCUGUACCUUCAGCCUCGGUCCCCGGCCUUUCUGGCGUGAAAGUCCUAGGGGAGGCCUCCGAAACAGACGAGGAAGAAGACGCGGACCCCGGUGGACCGAAGCCGGAGCCUCGGCUGCUCAGCCCAGACCUGCCCCCACUGAUCGUCUACAGGAAUGAAGAGGCGGGGUCCCCCGUGGCGGUGGAGGAGAAGCCAGCCCUCCACGUCAGGUCCCGUGGCUGCUACAGCACCCUGCUGCAACAGAAGCUGAUCGAGAGCAACGCCCGCCUGUACCACGACGUCAGCAGCACCGUCAAGCAGGUCUACCAGACGGCCAUCCGAGAGAUCGGGGCCAUCACCGGGCAGCUCAGCGACUCCCAGAACGGCAUCAUCAAUGCCUCGCAUAGCAUCCGGCUCGUCCUGGAGGAUUUGCAGGCUGUGGCCGACAAGAUAGACAUCAUCACUAGCUGCAACCUGCUGCCCGAUAUCCAGAUAGCGCUGCCCCCCUCACAUGCCUAGCCAAGCUGAGAAGUAUGGGAAACGGGUCUGCUUUCUUCUUCAGAGUCAGUUGCGCAAGGAGCAGGACCGCUUAGGUGUUGUCUCCGAGGCGAGCCGUGUUGUGCUAGCCGAGAUCUGGGUUUGUUCCAUGGUUCAGCGACUGCGCGUCUUGCGAUGACUCGGCCUGUCCUCUUCCAAUAAGAUAGAUUUGAACAAUAUGAAGCCGCUCUUGCUGUGUUUCUUGCCCAGACGCUUAUCGCACGGCUCUCACAUUGUUGUCCCCAAAGGCUUAUGCUUUGGUGGAUGCAGAUCCAGUGUCAGUGUAGUUUGAGGUCGGGGAGCUCCCGGGGCUUGCGGUGGGGCCCGUCGCCACUGACCUCAGACACCCUUCCCCCCACACUCGCUUGCCUGAAAGA